AUGGCUGGAGGCUGGCAACUCAAGAGUCACAGGCAGGCAUCCAAGAUGGUUGCCGCUUCACUGGUCAGCAAAUUCCACGAAUUCUCUCCAGAAGUCCUGACCUCCCUGGGCCACGUGGCUGUCGGGAUCUCGGUGUCCCAGAUCGAGUUGGGGAUCCGCAACGUCUCGGCCUCCCUGCCUUUCCUGGCCAAAGUCCGGGGCUGGAAAACACACCAGGCGGAAGCCAUUUUGAGGAAGCUUUUCUAUUCCGGAUACCAGAUUCAGGAUGGAAGGAGUCUGGCAGCUCUUGGUAGCUUGGUGGUUGGCCUGGACCACAACCGCCUGCAAGGGGUACCUCCUGACACAGUCUUGGACGCCCUUCAAGUCCCCGGAUUCGCCACGCAACUGGAGCACCUGUCACCCCCCCAGAAAGCAGUGUUUGUAGAAAAGGCCGCCGUGUUUUUCGAUGACGUCAUCAAGACCGUCCAUAAUUUCAGCAGCCUCUGUUCCUCCAUCUUGCACGGUUUCACCUGCACUGCCGCCAGCAAUUUGGACACCGUGAGACUCCAAGAACUCGCCAAGGUCAUGAAAGAGAAGAAGGUCCAUCUGGGGAAAGAUCAGCUGCUCUGUCUAGUUGACAGGUUGAUGCUGCAUAAUGUUUCCCAUGAUUUCAAUGACUAUCCAGAAGACCUGGUGCUGUUUGUAAGUCCUUCUGAUUAUGGCACAAUUGGAAGCUGCAAGGAGUACUUUGCCCGUGUCGGGAAAGCCAACAUAGACGUGCUGGAGAAAGGUUCAUCCCAACGCAAGCAGCUGCUGGCGGAAGCCUUGGAUUGUCUGAAAAUCUCUGGGCCGCACGUGAGCAGGGAAAAUGCCGAAAUUCUGGGCCGCUUGGCCUGCGACCUCAGUGCCAAGUACUUUAAAACCUCCGGCAAGAAUCUGCUGAAACAGUUACCGGAGUGUCGGUCCUUCAGUCCUGACCAAGUCAAAGCUAUCCAGGCUGUCCUCUGCAGCGGAAACACUCCUCUGGGGCCCCCAUCGGAGUGGACCCCCAGCACCCUCGAAGAACUGGGCAGCUUGUUCCUCAUCUUUGAUCGCUGCAUCCUGGAAAAAAUCCCAAGGAGCGUCUUGAUGCCACGGCUGAAGUGCUUCCAACGCAAACCACACCUGCCCAGAAACGACUUGGCCACCUUAGUGAGAAAACUCCCGUCUCCCAGAUUCAGACGUUCCUCAGAUUCAGAGUGUGCACCUGGCAAAAGAGAAGUUAACGACACAAUAGCUCAGGACGAAUCUCUGCUUCUUGAGUAUACCGAUAAGGAGCUGGAUGCCUGUCUGGAUAAGGACGUCUUGAAGAGGAAUCUGAAAUACUUGUCUUCCUUUCCUUGGACUAAAGACCUGUUAAGGAAAAAACUGAAUGAGACUGGAUAUCCAGAUUCGGUACUCCGCGACCUUGGAGAAUUGCUAAGUUAUAUGGACCCAGAGGAUAUUAAAAUGUGGAAGUUCAACUCAUCUGAAACACUCGCUUCACUGCUGGAGAACGUCCCUUCGCCUGAGAAGGCUGCCGCAAUCAUCCAUCAAUAUACCGAUUCUGGGGGGCCCCUGGAUGCUGCAGCCCUGAACGUGAUUGGCACCGAAUACAUCUGCCUCCUGGAUUCAGAUCAGUUAAAGAAGAUUGAUGAAAAUGCCAUCAACGGUACUAAAUCCCUGGAUCCUUCCAGCUGCAACCAAACCACCAAAGAUAUCCUGUAUGCAAAAGCCAAGCGGGCUUUCUCAGACCGACACAACCCCCCGCAAUAUUAUGACCUCAUCAAGCCAUACCUGGGAGGGGCUCCCGGAGUCGAUCUGAGAGCCCUCAGCAAAGAUGGUGUCGACAUGGACAUCAGCACGUUCAUGGGGCUGAAUAAGUGUGCCAUCCUGGACCUAAAGUCUUCCGAUGUCGAAGGCUUGCUGGGAAGGAACCUGCCGGAUCUAAAGAACAAGGAAAACGAAUCCCCUGUCAAAGACUGGAUUGCCAGACAGAAGCAAUCGGAACUGGACCAGCUGGGCAUUGGACUCAGGGGUGGGACUCCAGGAGGAUAUAUAAAUAUCACACCCAUCAAUAAAAGACCUCCCAAGACAUCCGGGGCUGCUGACGCCCUCAGCCUGCAUCUCUUCCCCUCGCUUCUCCUGACUCUGUCGCUGAGCGCCUUCCUUUCAUAA